GUUUCUGAAAACAUGGCAAAUAAUGAAAAAUAUGAAACGAUUGCAGACAUGAUAAAAUUUAUUUAACAAACGAAUGAACGAGUCAUCCGGAAUUUCGUUAUGAAGAGAGAUUCCAAUACUGAGCCUCUGUCCAUCUCCAUCUCCAUCUCCAUGUCCAUCUCCUCAAACAUUGAUUGUUGAUUCCAAAUCAUGUCUCAAACUCGACACGUCACGAAGAAACGGUGUUCUUGAUUCUUCAUCCUCCGAUUGUUACCGGAGAUCGAAUGAGAUCAGAACAGGAACAAGAAGAAGGCCACCAGCUUCGUGCCUGAACGUUAAGGAAGAACAAGUCAAGGAGCACCUGGAACAAGAACAACGAUGACUUCUCUGUCGAGAACAUCGUUUUCCUCGAGCAAGGGGGAUUCCAUGGACUUUGAAGCUGACCUGCCGCUGAGCGACAGGCUCAAGAUCUUCAAGUCCUCGCGGUUCGAGCCCGAUGGCUACGUCACCUCCAAAUGCCAAAGCAUGACCGAAAAGGAAAUAAAGCAUCUACGGGCUUACCUUGUGGAUUUAAAGAAGGCAUCUGCAGAGGAAAUGCGGAAAAGUGUGUAUGCCAAUUAUGGAGCCUUCAUACGCACAUCUCGGGAGAUAACCGAUCUCGAAGGGCAGCUCCUUUCCAUGAGGAACCUCCUCUCAACUCAAGGCGCCCUCGUCCAUGGACUGGCAGAAGGAGUCCGUGCACAUCUCCAUAAGGCCUCCGAUGAUUCAUCCGAAGAGGACAUGCUUGACUCUGGCCAGAGGGAGCUCUCCAACAUGGAGAAGUGGUUAGUGGAGUUCCUAGAGAACCUAGAAGUCUUAUUGGCCGAGAGGAGGGUGGACGAAGCUUUGGCUGCCUUCGACGAGGGGGAUCGAGUCAAGGUAGAAGCCACCGAGCGGGGGACUUUGAGCCUGGCAGCCUUGCUGUCUCUCCAGAACACUAUCACAGAGCAGAGGCAGAAACUCGCUGACCAGCUCGCAGAGAUGACGUCGCAGCCCUCAACGCGUGGACCUGAGCUCCGUUCGGCGGUCCUAGCCCUGAAAAAGCUUGGGGAUGGGCCCCGGGCACACAGCCUGCUGCUAGCCUCCCACCACAAGAAGCUUCAUUGCAAUACUCAGGGCCUCCGAUCUCAGAGCUCAUCCUCAUGUGGUGGCGCCUUUGCAGCCGCCCUCUCCCAGCUCGUUUUCUCGACCAUUGCGCAAACCGCCAGUGACUCCCUGGCAGUCUUUGGGGAAGAACCUGCUUUCACAUCGGAGCUCGUGACGUGGGCUGUCAAGGAGGCAGAAGCCUUUGCUGGCCUCCUCAAGAGACGGGUCUUGGCCUCAGCAGCCGCCUCGGGGUCCCUCAGGGUCGCAGCCGAAUGCGUCCACAUCUGCUUGGGCCACUGCUCGGUGCUGGAAGCGCGUGGGCUGGCUCUUUCUCCUGUUCUACUGAGGCUUUUCCGGCCAUGUAUUGAGCAGGCACUGACUACUAACUUGAAGAGAAUAGAGCAGAACAGCGCCGCCCUAGCAGCAGCUGAUACAUGGUCCCUCGCUUAUACACCGGUUGGUGGGCGCCCUUCGCGUGCCUUUUCGACAGCAUCAUUUUCCAGUACUGGAACUGUAUCUCAGCCUAGGCUCUCAAGUAGCGCUCACAAGUUCAAUUCGAUGGUUCAGGAAUUCCUAGAGGACGUGGGGCCCCUCGAGAGCCUGCAGCUGGAAGGGGCCACGCUCGAAGGCCUAAUACAGGUCUUCAGCUCGUACGUCAACCUGCUCAUAAAUGCCCUCCCGAGCUCGGCAGAGAAUGAGGACAACCCCGAAGGAGCUGCCAGCAGGAUUGUGAGAAUGGCUGAGACUGAAGCCCAGCAGAUUGGUCUGCUGGCCAAUGCUUCAUUGCUUGCAGAUGAGCUUCUUCCACGAGCUGCCAUGAAGCUCAUGGCCAAUAAAAACGAUGACCAGGGCAGAAGAGCUUCGGAUAGACAGUAUCGGCUUCCUGAGCAGAGGGAGUGGAAGAAGAGGCUCCAGAGAUCAGUGGAUCGAUUAAGGGAUAGUUUCUGCAGACAGCAUGCCCUCGAGCUAAUUUUCACUGAAGAUGGCGAUAUUCGUCUCAACUCGCAGAUGUACACGACAAUGGAUGAUUUCCCUGAUGAACCGGAAUGGUUUCCUUCUCCUAUAUUCCAGGAACUCUUCCUGAAACUGUCUCGGAUGGCAAGCUUCGCGACAGACAUGUUCGUAGGCAGGGAGAGGUUCGCUACAAUCUUGCUGAUGAGACUCACCGAGACUGUCAUAUUGUGGCUUUCUGAUGAUCAAGCAUUCUGGGAAGAUGUCGAGCAGGGGCCAAAGCCACUGGGUCCACUCGGGCUUCGUCAGUUCUAUUUGGACAUGGAAUUCGUGAUCUUAUUCUCAUCGCAAGGCCGUUACUUAUCACGACAUCUUCAUCAAGUCAUCAAGAAUAUCAUCGAGAGAGCAAUAGAAUCUAUUGCUUCAACCGGAAUAGAUCCAUACAGCGUGCUACCGGAAGAAGAGUGGUUCGCUGAAGUUGCACAGAUAGCAAUAAAGAUGCUAAGCGGGAAGGCAAACUUUGGAAUGGAGCGAGAUGUCGUGAGCCCCACGGCAAAAUCGAUUUCGUCAGUCGUAUCUCACGGGAGUAACUGAAAAUUUUGUAUAAUGAUAGUCUUUUCGGGUAAGAGAGCUACUGUAUCAUCCACAGAGAGUUUAUCUCUGUAGGGGAGGAUUAUAAUUAUAAUUCACCAAAGCUCUUUGAGGACGUCUACAUCGAAUUCCGAUAGGAAUUCCAGUGUGUUAAGUCCGCAGCCAUUACAAAAGAACAGACGAAAAUGAGAACUUACCUUUGGGGUCGGAGAGGACUGAAGUCGGAGUCAGAAAGAGAGGGAGUAGUCUCUUCCCUCAGGCCCGAGACCUUCAGCUUGCACAGAUCAAAAUUGAUAAUUGAGAAUA